AUGUCACAAAAUGUGGUUUGUUGCUCGGAGUUUGCAAUCUUAGUGUCACUAUACCGAACAAAAGGAUCGCUUAUUUGUACCGCCAUGCCUUAUCCUCUGACUUGCUUUGUUGCAGCACCAACCGACUCAAAAUUUAAUGCAUCAAGGACCCAAUUAUGUGUCACCACCUCGGAAGGAUCAAUUUCUCAGUUUUGCGAGCCUUAUAUUGGCUAA